AUGGCGUCCCUCCGCCUGCUCCGCCCGCUCUCCGUCGGCUUGACCGCGUCCGCCGUGCUCGCCGCCCCGCUCCUCGCCCGCCCGUCCUCCUUCCGCCUCCGCUGCGACGACACCGCCGGCCGAUCCCCCGUGUCCCCGCGCGACUGGUCUUUUGAGCAAUAUUCGCGCGAAGCCCGCACCCCUGUCGUGCGGAAGGGACGGGUCAAUCCCCGCAUCUGGCGCCAGAUCAGCUCCGGAAGCAUAAUAGGUGUACUUGGUGGGAUGGCAGUCAGCACCUUUUCCAAGCCAUUGGCACUUCUCAUUGGAUUGCUGAUUUUGGGCAAUCAGUUCCUUGAAUCCCGCGGUAUCCACAUUAUUCCAUACAACAAAAUCCAGCAGUAUGCUAAGGGCAUCGACGUACGAUCUUCUUUGCAAGAUAACGUUGCUUUCAAGUUGUCCCUUGGAACGACUUUCGUGCUGGCUGCAUUUGCCGAAUUUUAA